CUAUUCUUUCAGAUAAUGAGACCGUGGACUCUUCUGAGGUGGACUUUGCGUGUGGAGUGAGGAAGUGCCCUGAUAAAUACACCUGCAUUGGCUCAUGGAUUGGGCCCAAUGAUGGCAUCACUCAGUUUGAUAACAUCUUGUUUGCAGUACUAACGGUAUUUCAGUGCAUUACCAUGGAGGGAUGGACUGCAGUCCUCUACAAUACUAAUGAUGCUUUAGGAUCCACAUGGAAUUGGGUAUAUUUCAUUCCUCUCAUCAUUAUCGGCUCGUUUUUUGUGCUCAACCUUGUUUUGGGUGUCCUUUCUGGGGAAUUUGCUAAAGAGAGAGAGAGGGUGGAGAACAGACGUGCCUUCAUGAAGCUUAGACGACAGCAACAGGUGGAGAGAGAACUCAACGGCUACCGGGCCUGGAUCGACAGAGCAGAGGAAGUAAUGCUCGCAGAAGAAAACAAGAAUUCUGGGAGGUCAGCAUUAGAUGUUUUGAAACGGGCCACUAGCAAGAAAAAUGCGAGGCGUCGAGGACCAGGGGAGGAGAAAUAUUCUGAAAUCUCUACAGUUGGUGGGCCGCGACCAAGAGUUGGUAUACGAACAGCAAGACGAGGUCCUGCUGCUUACAUGCGGCGCAAGGAACGCAUGUUGCGAAUCUCUAUUCGUCGCAUGGUUAAAACCGACAGCUUCUAUUGGAUAGUCCUCAGUCUGGUGGGUCUCAACACCAUCUGUGUUUCCAUCGUUCAUCACAAUCAACCGGAAUGGCUCACUGUCAUUCAAUACUACGCAGAAUUCGUGUUUCUUGGACUUUUUCUUGCCGAGAUGUUUCUGAAAAUGUAUGGCCUUGGUUUCCGUCUGUACUUCCAUUCAUCCUUUAACUGCUUUGAUUGUGGGGUUAUUGUAGGAAGUAUUUUUGAAGUGGUUUGGGGAUUCUUCAGGCCAGGAGUGUCUUUUGGCAUCAGUGUCCUCAGAGCCUUACGUCUGCUACGAAUCUUUAAGAUAACAAAGUACUGGACUUCCUUGCGGAACUUGGUGGUGUCCCUCAUGAGCUCCAUGAAGUCAAUCAUCAGUUUGCUCUUCCUCCUCUUUCUGUUUAUCGUAGUCUUUGCUUUGCUUGGCAUGCAGCUGUUUGGUGGCAGGUUCAUUUUUGAAGAUUACACUCCAACUAAUUUUGACACGUUUCCAGCCGCCAUCAUGACCGUCUUUCAGAUUCUUACUGGAGAAGACUGGAAUGAGGUGAUGUACAAUGGGAUACGCUCCCAAGGAGGAGUGCAGUAUGGAAUGUGGUCUUCCAUCUACUUUAUUGUUUUAACCUUGUUUGGGAACUACACAUUGCUCAAUGUAUUCUUGGCUAUUGCCGUGGAUAAUCUAGCCAACGCACAGGAACUAACUAAGGAAGAAGAGGAGGAGGAAGAAGAGUUCUUCAAUCAGCGUUAUAAAAGCAGAGAAUUUGGCCUCUCAGAAAGGAGACGGAGGCCGUACUUGUACAGGAAGCGGGCCAUCCACCGAGGACGACCAUCUCCAGCAGAGGCAGAGGAGGAACCUGCUUGCAAGGCAGCGGAAGAGCAGCCCGUGAACGCUUUUGCUGGCCGCCGUGAGAGACGCAAAAAGAUUAACAUGUCCGUCUGGGAGCAAAGGACAAACCAGCUGCGGAAACGGCGCAAGAUGGCCAGUCGUGAGGUACUGUUUGGCAGUCCCACUGAGGAUCAGUUGGACACUCCAGUGAGUGAUCAUCACCAACAGAGCUGCAUGUCCCCCGAGGCAAGCCCCUUACACUUGCCAGAAUCACCAAUGUCUGUGGGGAUUCCCCUGCCAGAGCCACCCAUGUCUAUCACUAUUCCUCUCCCCGAACCUCCAGAGUCUGAGCCGUUGCCCCUGAUGGGAUCGGGGCUGGAGGAGAGGCCGGGCGUUAAUAACCACCAUUCAAACACAGAAAGGAAGCAUCGUGUGGCAAGAAAGUUUCGGGCUGCUGCCAUGGCGGGGGUAGUGGAGGGUGGGCGACACAAACGGCACAGACAUCGUGAGCCCAGAACAGAGAGCCGAAAUGCGGAGAAUCACCAGCAAUUUGGGUGCGGUGAGAAACAGGCGGAAGAGGGUGAGGGUAAAAUGGAGGAAACACAGUCUAAAACCACUGAAACUGAAACGUCUGGCAUGCAAAUUGAGAACCAGGAGGAAUGCACAAGGGAGUUUGUGGGAGACGUGACUGGACUUUCCCAAGCGUCUGGCCUUCAGGAGCUUCAGUCUGUCUGUACUGGAAUGGAGGAUCAAGCUGAAAGCCAGAGGCACAAAGAAGACUUUACAUCAGAAUCGAAAUAUAUCUCGGGGGAAGUCUCAGACAUGGAGAACAACGGCAGCUAUCUUAACCAGGAUGCGUGUAUAACAGAAACCUGCAUUAAACGAGAGACGUCAACCCAGCCUUUGUUGGAAAUGGCACCAAUGAGUGUAAGUUUCAAGGAUGUGGAAGCCGGUUACUCAGAUAAAGCUGGCGAUGAUGACGAUGACGAUGAUGAUGAUGAGAAUGGAGGUGAACAGUCAACUGUACCCAAACCUGACAUACCAGACAGCAUGUUCAUAUUCAAGAGCACAAAUCCCAUAAGAAGGAUCUGCCACUAUGUGGUGACCCUGCGGUACUUUGAGAUGACCAUUCUCCUGGUGAUUGUGGCCAGCAGUAUUGCACUAGCAGCUGAGGACCCUGUGUGCGCCAGUUCAGAGAGGAAUAAAGUUCUCCGUUACUUUGAUUAUGUUUUCACUGGCGUUUUCACAUUUGAGAUGAUUAUAAAGAUGAUUGACCAGGGCCUCAUUCUUCAUGAUGGAUCAUAUUUCCGGGACUUGUGGAACAUUCUAGACUUUAUUGUGGUGGUUGGAGCUCUAAUUGCCUUUGCAUUGACGAAUUUAAUGGGAAACAACAAAGGCAGAGACAUAAAGACCAUUAAGUCCUUGAGGGUUCUCCGAGUUCUCCGCCCUCUCAAGACCAUCAAAAGACUUCCAAAGCUCAAGGCUGUGUUCGAUUGCGUGGUCACAUCCCUGAAGAACGUCCUCAACAUUCUCAUCGUGUACAAGCUCUUCAUGUUCAUCUUUGCUGUCAUUGCAGUGCAGCUCUUUAAGGGAAAGUUCUUCUACUGUACUGAUGGUUCAAUGGGCACCCAGAAAGAAUGCCAGGGCUACUACAUUGACUAUGCGAGGGACCGCAAGGAGGUGAAGAAGAGGGAGUGGAGGAGACACGAGUUCCACUAUGAUAAUGUCCUCUGGGCUCUACUUACACUCUUCACUGUGUCUACGGGAGAGGGCUGGCCACAAGUUCUUCAACACUCGGUGGAUGUCACUGAAGAAAACCACGGCCCAAGCAGAGGAAACCGAAUGGAGAUGUCCAUUUUCUAUGUCGUAUACUUUGUGGUUUUUCCGUUCUUUUUUGUCAACAUCUUUGUUGCCCUCAUCAUAAUCACAUUCCAGGAGCAGGGUGACAAAAUGAUGGAGGAGUGCAACUUGGAGAAAAAUGAGCGGGCAUGCAUUGACUUUACUAUCAGCGCAAAACCCCUAACAAGAUAUAUGCCUCAGAACAGGCAGACCCUCCAGUACCGAUUGUGGCACUUUGUGGUGUCACCAUCAUUCGAGUACACGGUUCUAGUCAUGAUUGCACUCAACACAGUAGUGCUCAUGAUGAAGUACCACUCUGCGCCAGCUGCCUACGACGUUGUCCUGAAGCACCUCAACACAGCGUUCACUGUGCUCUUCUCUCUGGAAUGCAUCUUAAAGAUCAUGGCCUUUGGAUUCAUAAACUAUUUCCGUGAUACAUGGAACAUCUUUGAUUUUAUCACAGUGCUGGGGAGUAUAACUGAAAUUGUGGUAGAUUUACAGUCUGUGAACACCAUCAAUAUGAGUUUUCUAAAGCUCUUCCGGGCAGCUAGACUCAUUAAACUGUUGAGACAAGGCUACACAAUACGGAUUCUGCUGUGGACGUUUGUUCAGUCCUUCAAGGCUCUUCCAUAUGUUUGCCUCCUCAUUGCCAUGCUUUUCUUCAUUUACGCCAUUAUUGGCAUGCAGGUGUUUGGGAAUAUUAAAUUGACUGAUGAAAGCCACAUUAAUCAACACAACAAUUUCAAGACAUUCUUUGGUGCCUUGAUGCUGCUCUUUAGAAGUGCCACUGGAGAGUCUUGGCAAGAGAUCAUGCUCUCAUGUCUUGAAGGGAAGGAGUGUGAACCAGACCCUUCAAUAGUACCACCUUUCACUUCUCCAGACCAUGAAGGGGGCUGUGGCACUGACUUUGCCUAUUUCUAUUUUGUCUCCUUCAUCUUUUUCAGCUCAUUUUUGAUGCUGAAUCUGUUUGUGGCUGUGAUUAUGGACAACUUUGAGUAUUUGACACGAGACUCGUCCAUUCUUGGACCUCACCACCUGGACGAGUUUGUGCGCAUCUGGGGGGAAUAUGACCGAGCAGCAUGUGGCCGUAUUCACUACACUGCCAUGUAUGAGAUGCUAACCCACAUGUCUCCACCUCUUGGAUUGGGAAAGAAGUGUCCUGCCAAAGUUGCCUACAAGAGACUGGUGCUGAUGAAUAUGCCAGUUGAUGAGGACAUGACGGUUCACUUCACAUCCACACUGAUGUCUCUGAUCCGCACUGCACUGGAGAUCAAAAUUGCUAGAGGGGGCGAGGACCGGCUACAGUUGGACACGGAAUUGCAGAAGGAGAUAAGUUGCACCUGGCCACACCUGUCCCAAAAGACUCUGGACCUGCUGGUACCCAUCAACAAAGACACAGACAUGACCGUUGGAAAGAUCUAUGCAUCUAUGAUGAUCAUGGAUUACUUUAAGCAGAGCAAAGCUAAGAAGCUGAGGCUGCAGAUAGAGGCCCAGAGAAGUUCCACCCUGCCCCUGAUAGCUCACAGCGCAGGAUCAGCCCUGACCAGUGGAGGGUUUGUGGCUUUGAGCCCAAUUUCACCACAGGAGCUGUUAUUGCAACCCAUGACCCAGCGCACAGACAGCAGUGAAGACUACGAUGCCUCUCAGGUUGAUGAAUCAGGGUUGAAUGGCGUGUGGGGGGAAGAUCGCCCACCUGAACAUGCAUUCAGAACCAGACACAAGAGCUACAAAGCUGCAGUGUCCCACUCAGACCAGACACAGUACAUGGAAAAGGUGCGGGGACGACCAAAAGAACAACGGUUCUUACUGUCCCCUGAUAACACCAACUCAAAAUCCCGCUCCCGCUCUCCAAGUGAGGAGCGCAUACAUGGGGUCACCAGACAGGGAAACAGCUCAGAAAGCCCCGUCCCCUCCACCUCAGAGUCCAGCACGCCGAGCGGCAAGCGUCGCCUGUCCCAGAUCUCCACCUGCUCACGCCCUCACAUCUCCUACUCACCCUUAGUGUUACACACGCAACCUUCAUCACAAGCUGAUGAUGAUGACGACGAUGACCCAACCGUCCAGCAGAUGUUAGGGUGCUGUAGCACUGCUUUAUGGGAUGACGGCGCUGAAGACCAGGAAGGUAGAGUGAGACAACAGGAAAGCCCCCGUUUUGAUUAUUUGAGUUCAUCCGCCCGGCGCUAUCCUUCUGAAUCCUUCCUUAACCUACAAGAUGAAGAGCACAGCCCGGAUUCUGCCACCCAUAUGGAAACUCUCACCUUUGAGGCAGCGGUGGCCACCAGCCUAGGCCGCGCGAACACGGUCAGCGCCUCGAUGCGCACGAGGUCACGGGUAGGCUGGCAGGUGCCCAACGGACACUUCCGGAAGAGAUUGGCACAGAGCGUAUCUCUCGCUGGCGGCGAAGCUCUCAGCGAUGCAGACGACGACAAAUACUAGAUCGGUUAGUAGAACAGAGACGCAACGGGACAAAUGUAGAUUUCGAGAAGAGCACUAAGGUGGAUGCUGAUCUUCACAAUAUUCAUGCAGUGUUUUAUAGAUAUACUAAUUAAAUGUGUUCAAUGAAACGAGGAACAUAAUUUAUAAAACAACCCCACGCAUUAACAUUUAAGGCCGAAUUCAGGUAUUAAGCGCUUUAUUUACAGUUGGGGAGAGUGAGAUGAUGGUUUAAAGCGCUUAAAUGUUUAUUACAUUUAAUGUCUUUUUUUUUUUCUACAAAAAUUCCAUUGUUUCUAAUUCAUCUUUGUGCCACAUUAUUGAAAUUUCUUAAUAAUGCAAAUACUUUGUUUGAAGUUUAAAUUCAAUUUCUAAAUUGAAUAGGCCAGUGCAACGAAAUCAAUGAAACAUGACUUUCAAAGUUCAGUUCAUAAUAUGUCAAAAAUAAAUGGAAAAAAAUCAUGUUUCUUUAAAACAUUGUUAAAAAGAAAAAUACUAAACGAUUUUACAGCUGAGGCUUUAAUUAUUAAAAGUUGAAAUUUAGUUUAGCUGAUUGUCUUAUACAGGGGUUCUGAGAAAGGGGAAAGGUUACAUCUGAUGUCACAGUUAAUUCAGGAAUUGUUUUUAAAAAACAAAAGAUUUCUUCUCUGAAAAUAUGUAAUAUUGAAUUUUUCUUUCAGGCUACUUGGAAUUUGGAUAUUUGUUACUGAAUUUGAAUCGAUAAGCAUCCUGAUAACUGUAUGUUUAAACUAAUAAAAUAUUGUCUUUUUACCCUG